GACGGGCAGGCGCGGGAGAAGCUGGCGCUGUACGUCUACGAGUACCUGCUGCACGUCGGCGCCCAGAAGUCUGCGCAGACCUUCCUGUCCGAGAUCCGGUGGGAGAAGAACAUCACGCUGGGCGAGCCCCCCGGCUUCCUGCACUCCUGGUGGUGCGUGUUUUGGGACCUGUACUGCGCAGCUCCCGAAAGGCGAGACACUUGUGAACAUUCGAGUGAAGCCAAAGCCUUUCAUGACUACAGCGCAGCUGCCGCCCCGAGUCCCGUGCUUGGAAACAUUCCCCCGAAUGACGGGAUGCCCGGGGGYCCCAUCCCACCCGGAUUCUUCCAGGGACCGCCUGGGUCACAGCCCUCGCCACACGCACAGCCUCCACCCCACAAUCCUAACAGCAUGAUGGGACCCCACAGUCAGCCGUUCAUGUCGCCGCGCUACGCCGGAGGUCCCCGGCCCCCCAUCAGGAUGGGCAACCAGCCCCCGGGUGCCGUUCCCGGUACACAGCCAUUGCUGCCCAAUUCSAUGGAUCCCACGCGACAGCAAGGGCACCCUAACAUGGGCGGCCCCAUGCAAAGGAUGAAUCCUCCRCGAGGGAUGGGCCCCAUGGGUCCCGGUCCGCAGAACUACGGCAGCGGCAUGAGACCUCCACCCAACUCCCUAGGUCCUGGCAUGCCUGGAAUUAACAUGGGGCCGGGCGCUGGCAGACCGUGGCCGAACCCCAGCAGUGCUAACUCAAUCCCAUACUCUUCUUCAUCGCCUGGUACAUACGUGGGUCCGCCCGGCGGCGGUGGCCCUCCAGGGACACCCAUCAUGCCCAGUCCUGCAGAUUCAACAAAUUCAAGUGACAACAUCUACACAAUGAUUAAUCCAGUACCGCCCGCAGGCAGUCGAUCGAAUUUCCCGAUGGGGCCCGGCUCUGACGGUCCCAUGGGCGGCAUGGGCGGGAUGGAGCCCCAUCACAUGAACGGAUCRUUAGGGUCAGGAGACAUAGAUGGACUUCCAAAAAAUUCUCCAAACAACAUAAGUGGCAUUAGCAAUCCCCCGGGCACUCCAAGAGACGACGGGGAGCUGGGAGGCAACUUUCUCCAUUCCUUCCAAAAUGACAAUUAUUCCCCCAGCAUGACGAUGAGUGUGUGAUUUCCCUCCCCCUCCUCCUCUCCAGGAUCAAGAGAGUCAGCUGCCGUUCGGAGGAUCUCAACGAAUUAUGCAA